UUUUUUUUUGUACUUGUUAGGACGACUCACUAGAGCGGUAUCAAGAAUGAGGAGCGCGCGUGAGGGAGAGAGAGAGAGUGUAUGUGUCAGAGAGAGAGAGCAGAAGAAAGAAAAAAAGAAAUAAAGAAAGAAAGAGAGAGAGCGAAUGAAUAAGCAAAUGUGUGAGAGAGAGAGUUAGAUAGAAAUUGAUAGAGAAUCGAAACAAGGAGUUACCAAGGAUAAGAAGGCAAUAAUGCAGUAAUAGUAGUAGAAUAGCAAUAGUAGAAGAAAUAAUGCAUUAAUGGUUGGUACUGCUAAUGUCAGUGACGACAACGAUGAUAGUGUAGUAAAAUGGUGAGAAUAGUGAUGAUGUUGGUGGUCGAUGGUUGUGUGUUGGUAGUGGUACGAAGCGGGUUUGAGGUUACGCCGGUGAUCCUCGCGUUCAGCUGAGCUCUCAGCUGACGGCCGGCCGUUCCAAGACCGGCAUUGCAUGUCCUUCUUGUUGUCCCUGCAUUUCCUGGACAGGUUCUAUCUUUCGAAUCUUCUUUCUCACUUUAUCUCUUUAUCUCUCUCUCUCUCUCUCUCUCUCUCUCUCUCUCUCUCUCUCUCUCCUUUGAGUAGAAUAAACCAAAAGCGAGAGAUCGAGCUAUUAAUCCUAAUAAGCUAACUUUAUACCUUAUCUUCUAUUUCCUUUAAAUUACAUAUCUCUUCCUCAUCCAGCAAGUUGCUUUUAAAAAAGUAGGUUGAAAGGAGAAUAGAGAACCUGGGGUGCGCAAAAAGUGGACGAUCGAGUCGCGAUGCGUCUCGAGUACGUCUCGAGAGAAGAGGAGUACUGCAUUUCGAAGAAUCCGAAUAAAGAGAGAAACUAAAGAAAUAAAAAAAAAAAAAAAAAAGAAAAGGAAAGGAAAGGAAAUAGAUUAGUAAAGAUAUCGAUAAAAGGGAAGUAGAGUUUCUAAAGCGUUUAAAGACGAAAUAACGAAAUAGAGGAUGGUGUAGAGGAGGUUGAGGAGGAGGAGGAGAAGGGUUUAACCGUUAUCGUUUUGCAAAUUGACUCUGUUUCCCGCGAAGCAUCGUCGAGGUCACCGCGCCCGGCUGCAGCUGAGCUCUCAGCUGACGAGCGGAGGCUGCGACCGGUUCGCCAUAUUCCUUCCUUUUUUUAAAGGCCACCCCCUCUCUACACCGCCUUUAAAUCGCCUUUCACGUGGUCCGCGAUCUUCCUCCUUCUCCACCACCCCUUCCUCCUCCUUUUCCUCCUUCUCCUCCUCCUCCUCAGUCAUCCUCCUCUUAUCUUCUUGAUUCUCGGCCCUUACGUUUCAUCCUAGAAAAUCUUAUUGUUCAUCGUCGUUGUCACGUUGUUCGUUUUGUCGUGUCGUUUUCGUACGUGUCUGUAUGUGUGUGUGUGUGUGUCGUACGAAUCCGAGGACAGCCGACUCCGUGAGCAGAUCCAGUUCCGAAGCGUUUCUUUGUCGGCAGAUCUACGACACAAGUCGCCGAUACAAAGGCGUAAACUUGAUUUUUCCUUCUACUUUGAUGGAAAAGGCGUCAAAUGGAUUAAUCAACGCGCAAGCCCAGAUCCGAUAAUUCUCGUGAAAGAAAAAUUCUCUAAUUCAUGAGGACGAUCAACAACAACCAACCUUCCCCAUUUGACGACGUAACGAUGUAAAGAGAAAAAUGUAACUCGUCGUUUUGAAGAGAGGAAUAUUACGCGAGGCGCAAGAAAACAAGAAAAGGAAUUAAUGCAAGAGAGAUAGAGAUAGAGAGAGAGAGAGAGAGAUACAACAAAAUAUAAAGAAAAGAAAAAGUGUCGUAGCUGUUUCGUUUUUGGUUUGGAGAAGGAAGGAAGGAAGGAAGGAGGGAGAGAAGGAAGGAGAAGCAAGAAAGUUAAGAAAUAGAGAGUAAGAGAAAGAGAGAGAGAGAGAGAGAGAGAGAGAGAGAGAGAGAGAGAGAGAGAGAGAGAGGGUAAUAUUAUUUGGAGAAAUUUGAGCCGUCUGGAGUAUUCGUCCUUAGAUUAAAAGUGUUGGAAGCUCGUUCGAUAUUCGAGCAUAUUAUUGAAAGAUUUGCUUUAGAGAGCAAAAGAGAAAGAAUAUAAAAGAAAAAUUAAAAUAAUAAUAAUAAUAAUAACAAUAAUAAUAAUAAGAUAAUAAAGCAAGAUGUAUAGCGAUCCGAAUAUUUGUGGUAUUGGAGGAGCGUCGACGAAGGGAGACGAGGUAGAACUUGUGAGCAGGUUUUUGGCACCACUUUGCGCGAGGGAUGAAACUGCGAGAAACAUUGCAUUAGCGGCUGCAAGGAGUACCGUCGAGGGAUGGUUAGGUGGUGUUGGCAGUCCAAAUCAAUGGGAGGAAGCUACCGGUGAAAUGAAGGACAACAAUCACGCAUCCGGAAAGUUCAAGGGUCAGGAUGGAAGGUACGACAUGAGCAUCGAGCGUUCACCCUCGAAAUCCAGUCCGAAGAACGUAAAGGAACAAGCGUCAUCUCCGGAUACAUUUAGAAGCGACUGCUUUUUUCCGCAAAGUGUUACGGAAAAUCUUGUUUUUCCGGAAGACGGUGGGACCGAAAUUACCGAAAGAUAUCCCUCGGGUUCGUUCGAUUGCGUAGACGGUGGUCGUUUGGGUUCGAACGAAAGUUCGAGCUUUGGCACGCCGAUCGAGAGAAGGAAAUACAUGGGUGGUGGUGGUGCUGUUGUUGUUGGUGGUGGUGGUGGUGGUGGUGAUUCCGCGGACGGGAACAGAUCGGGUCGUUCCACUUCCUCGGACGAGGGGAAAGGAUUCAGGAUCGAACAAUUGGCUGGCAAGUGUCGCAGGUUCAAGGACACCGGCACCGGUGAGACCCGUUUUGCUUCUAGCUGCGACAACGAGAGAAAGUAUUUGAUAUCAUCGUCCAACGAGAGGUUGAACGAGUUCAAUCAAGAAGAUAGGAUACCGAGAACUAAGAAUUCUAUCAAGGUUAAAGGGGCUAAGCAAAGACAACCGGAGGAAGAUGAUUUGGAUUUAGAUACUAGGAUCUAUGGGAAGAGUCCAAAAUUUGACGAGAAUCUCGGCAAUGCAUUUUUCGAUCGUAGGAACGUUAAUUUCCGUUCGAAGAGUAGCGAUCUUCUCGAGCGUAAUAGGUAUCGUACGGAGGAUACCGAAAUAAUUGGGGGGAGAUCCCGCGACAGGGUUGUUUUCAAUACUCUCGAUGGAUUUGAUAACGAUAACGCUAACGAAAUUUAUCGGGAUAACGAAAUUCUCGUUGAGGAUGCUAAUUUCGAAAAUUCGGAAGACGAUCUCGACGAUGGCAAUCGUCCAAAUUGGCGAAGAUACGAACAACAACAACAACACCAACAACAACAGGAACAGGAUUGCCUUAGGAAGAACGAGGAGAGAAAAUUUAGUGCUGGUCAGAUAAAAAGACCUCUAUCGCAAGACGAAGACGUAUCGUCGAAGAGCGGCAGAGCCCUAGACAGUCCCGAAGUUACUCCUGGCGAUGUCGGUAGGAUGCUUAAUCUUGGAAAUGCUUUAGAUGGCCCGAGGCAAACUCAAGCGAACAAAUAUCUCAGCCUGGUGACGCUUCAUCUACCGGUGAUACUAAGGCUCAGCGUUAAUUGUCCUUUUCAGAACGUCAGGAUAAAAUGUGCUGAAAUACUGGAAAUGGUCAAGGAUAGAGGAUUACCAGUACCAGAACCGGCCUUCGAUGGACCCAGUGCCUUCGUUCCCACUUCCGAGUUGCCGGAUCUGAACAAUCUCGAUGAAAAGACACGUAUAUUGUUGAUGGAUGCUUUCCUUCAGAACAACAGAUUGGACCAUGUCUCCAGGGUAAUGUCAUCGCAUCCUUUGUAUUUAGACCACUUCCUUCGAACCCAAAAUUUCAUCUUAAGGGGCGAUGGACCACUACCCUACGAUUAUAGACAUCUUAUAGCCAUUAUGGUGAGUUCAAUAUUUUUCUUUAUUGUCUUUCCUUUAAUUUUUUUUUUUUUUUUUCAAAUUUUCCCUUUCUCAUCCGUUUUUUUUUUUUUUAUAUAUAUUCUCAUUUCUCAAGUACGUGAAUCGUCGCAAAAGUAUGCGUGUUGGUGGUGUACGUUCGUCGAAGUUUAAUACGUCAAACGUUGA